AUCAAAAUGUUCAAACUCUUUGUAUUUUUUGCUCUUCUCGCCUUUGCCUUUGCUGCUCCAAAACCAGUCCCUCAAAUUUAUGGGGGACUUUAUGGAGGAUUAGACGGCUAUUCUGGUCUGGGAUACUCCUCUCUUGGAUACGGCUAUCCCUAUGGAUAUGGUUCUUACGGAUAUGGGUUUUAUUAAUAAUAGAUAAUGUUUGUUCGGAAUGGCUGGGAAUAAACUUUGUAAAUUGUAUCAAUUUCAGCUAAAUAAAUCAAUUUGGGUAAUUA